CUUGGAGCUUCACGAUACCAUAUACCACCAUAAGUUGAAGGCACAGCUGGGUUUUUGUUCGCAUAAUGGCCAUUACAAUACUUGCCCCCGCUCCUCCGAUCCAGGAUGUAGACUACGAUUCAUCCUCAGACUCAGGGUCCGACGGAGGAGCUGACCUCGAUGGAGAUCUAGAUAUGCGCCCCAAGAAGCGUGCCAGACGAGCUGGAUCAACAAGCAUAGUUACUCCCGGAGAAGUAGUCACAGAUGAUCCCCAAUGGAUGAGAGGUCACGGAACCUACGUCGAACCGGCCACCUCAGCCAUCCUCGCCACCGUCGCUGGCACCAUCCAAAAAACCAACAAGCUCCUCUCCGUGCGGCCUCUACGGGCGCGCUACACCCCCGAAAUUGGCGACCUAGUUGUCGGCCGCAUCAUCGAUGUGCAAUCCCGGCGCUGGCGCGUGGACAUUGGCGCCCCGCUGCUCGCUGCGCUUCCGCUGUCGGCGAUCAAUCUCCCCGGUGGAAUUCUGCGGAAAAGGACAGAGACGGAUGAGCUCCAGAUUAGGACGUUCCUAUCGGAGGGGGACCUGCUCGUGUGCGAGGUGCAGUCUUUGUUUCACGAUGGGAGCGCGAGUUUACAUACUAGAAGUUUGAAGUAUGGAAAAUUGAGGAAUGGAGUCUUUGUGUCAGUUGCGGGGAUGGGAGGGGGUGGAGGUGUAGUCAGGAGUAGGCGGCAGGUGUGGACUGUUGAGACGGCAAAUGGAGGGGGCCCAGUGGAUGUGAUUCUUGGGGUGAAUGGGUAUAUCUGGAUAUCAAAGCACAUCAAAACAGCCGAUGAAGACAAGGCAGAAGUGGGAAUUACAAGGAUUGAGGAGAGUACCAACAGUACGGUGUACAGCAGUCAAAACGACGAGAUUGCUGCAGAAACUAGGAGAGAGAUUGCGAGGAUUAGAGGAGUGGUGGCCAGUUUGGUGGAGGCAGGUAUGAAGGUCGAUGAGGAGAUGUUGAUGAAGGGAUAUGGAGCUGCAGUGGAGAUUGAGAGAGAAGAGGAAGGGCCUGGGGGGGAUUUCUUGGGGGGAGAGCAUGGAAAGAGGUUAGUGAAGAUGUUGCAGGGAACCUCAUAGAAGGAAAAUAUAUCAGACCUUGGGCAGUUUUCGAAGGCUUCCACUACUGUACUGCACAUGACAUCGAUGGGCAAGCAUGGCGCAAGCUAUGUUCGAUUGGGGUACAUAUUGAAAAAAAUGUUGUCAUGUAACACUCCGGAUAUCCGUCUAUAUAUUUUACAACCCCCCCAGGCCGGUUUCUCAUCAUACAAUUACAAAUAUCUUCACACCCUAACUCUCUCCCUUGCGCCAUGACAUCGAUAGCAGCAGCCGUAUUCAGGUCUUUAUACGUCCACUAAACCCGAGCGUCCAGGUUCCAUCGCGAUGCCCAUCGAAGCUUUUGUCAGGCGUUGUUCGUCUCGAACACAUCCAAUAGCGUAAAAGCUUGCGCGGACCUCGUCUCCGCGCCUUUAUUGAAGAAAGUGCAAACUUGGCUGUCGAGCAAUCUCGGUCAGCAACAGCUCUGAUUACUGAGUAGGUAAACCUUGGCAAACUGGCUGGUUGAGUUGAGUUUGUCCAUCGGCCCGUCCUGAGCAGUUCGAUAACUUCCAGCUUUUACCCGCAAAGUCUUGUAUUCCCUUAAAUUGGCAUUAUCCUUAGCCAUGUCCGAGUUGUCUAGUUGACUAAUCUCCAAAGCCCCAUUCCGACAAGAGUAAUCGCGAUUCCGGUAAUUCCAGUCUGCCUGCUCUUUAACCCAAACAUGCUUCCACUCUUCGCAAUUGCCUUCUGCUGCGCCAGUAGUUGUGCGUGGCCAGAGUAGUAACUGUAGAUACCGAGUCCAGCAAAUGCUGCAGCUCCAGUUACUCGACAGGGCGUACAGUCGUCGCGGAAUUCCUCCUUGUCAUUCGUCAGCACAGUUGUUAAGGGUUCCGGGCGCUCGAGGGAGGCGACAGGUGGGAUAACUGGGCCGGAUUUAUUGAACAUCGUGGCGCAAUGUAUCGAACUUGAGAGAGUGUAGAGCUGGUGAGGUUGGCGAUGGUGGUGUUGAUGCGAUUCUUGAAUGUCCAUGGGCGUCAAAAAUGGGAUCGGCGCUAUAGCUUGGGCGGGAUGCGGCCGCGCCAGGAACCCCACGUCGGAUAUACUGUGG